AUGAGAGGGCUCUGGGCCUCUAUUCGCUGGCAGUUUUGCGCACGGCGAGUUUCAACUCGUUCGCCCACCAUGACUCGCACAUAUGAGGCUGCUAUUGCAGCUCUCAAUUCAUUGCAGACUAAUUAUGCGGUUGUGGAAGAGCUCCGGAAAUCUACAUCGAGGCAGGAGAUGAAUGACCGCUCGCUCCCGGAGACAGUUGAAUGGUUGCAGCGCAUUGGAUAUAAGCCUUCUGAUCUCGACCGCUUGAAUGCAAUCCAUGUCGCGGGCACCAAAGGCAAGGGCUCAACCUCCGCAUUUAUCUCAACAAUCCUCUCCCAAUACACCAAGGAAGAGUCCAACCAGCCCGCACCCAAACUCCACAAGAUCGGUCUCUAUACCUCUCCCCAUCUCCGUUUCGCGCGCGAGCGCAUAAAGAUCGACAACGCGCCUUUGUCGGAGGAGCAAUUCGCCCGCUAUUUCUUUGAGGUAUGGGAUCGCCUUGAGCACUCCGCCAAGUUAGCCGGCGAAGACCCCACCGCACCGGGAAUGAAACCCCAAUAUUUCCGAUACUUGACGCUGAUGGCGUUCCACACAUACCUCAGUGAGGGCGUGGAUGCUGCGGUGAUCGAAUGUGGAAUCGGUGGUCAGUACGAUUGCACCAACGUGAUUCCGCAGCCCAAGGUGACUGCUAUCACCAGUCUUGGCAUCGAUCACACUGCGAUGCUUGGAACUACGAUUGAGCAAAUCGCAUGGCAUAAGGGUGGCAUUAUCAAGCGCGACGUAAGAGGGUUUGCCGCACCACAGCCUCCCAGCGCGGAGCAAGUUUUGGUCAAACGUGCCGAGGAGGCGGGCACCCAGCUGGAUAUUGUGGCUGGUCAUUCUGAACUGCUUCCUCAGAGCAGCAAGGUUACCCUCGGGUUAGCUGGUGAUUUCCAGUACACCAAUGCCUCGGUGGCAGUCGCAACCGCAGCAGAGUUCUUGCGGAAGGCUGGCGUAGAUGUCCCUGAAAAUAUCAUGGAUGGCCCCCUUCCUGCCAAGUUCAAGACUGGCCUUGAGGAAACUCGUCUAGGUGGCCGGUGCGAGACUCGGUUCGAAAAGAAUGUCUCCUGGUACAUCGAUGGCGGCCAUACACUAGAAAGUAUCCGUCUGGCGGGACAGUGGUUUGCGUCGCGCAUCCAGGCCGAUUCAUCAUCUACCGAUAUCGCUGCUAAGAAGACCCGAAUUUUGAUCUUCAACCAGCAGACUCGGGAUAGCACCGCUCUCGCGCGUGCACUCCACGAGACGCUCGCAGCAGCUCUUGCAAAUGAUACCCCAUUCACACACGCCUUGUUCUGCACGAAUAUCACUUACAAGCAAGCGGGCUUCCGGCCUGACUUGGUCAGCAUGAACACCAAUGCUGACGACCUUGAACUCCUUCGAGUACAGAAAUCCUUAGCUGAGGAGUGGAAUGCUAUUGAUCCCCAUGCCAAAACUCACGUGUUUGGUACCAUCGAAGAGGCUGUUGAUUUUGCACGGGAUGUCGCCGGACAGGAACGCAAAGCGUUACAAAAGGAUGAGGCGCCAGUCAUGACCUUUGUUACUGGUAGCAUCCAUCUGGUUGGCGGGUUCCUCGACGUGGUCGAGACCAAGCCACCCAGCGAUUUGUGA